AUGGCUGACUCCGGCGCAGAGGCCGAGUCGGAGCCCGAAUCGGUGUUCCCUCGCGAGGUCGGACUCUUCGAGGACUCUUACUCGGAGAAGAGUCGGUUCUGCUUCUGCGGGCACGUGCUGAGCAUCACGCAGAACUUCGGGUGCCGCCUCGGCGUGGCCGCGCGCGUGUGGGACUCGGCUCUGAGCCUGUGCAACUAUUUCGAAAGUCAAAAUGUGGAUUUUCGAGGCAAGAAGGUGAUCGAACUGGGCGCGGGCACGGGCAUCGUGGGGAUCCUGGCUGCGCUGCAGGGAGGGAAUGUUACCAUCACUGACCUGCCUCUGGCCCUAGAACAGAUCCAAGGCAACGUCAAGGUCAAUGUGCCAGCUGGAGGCCAGGUCCAGGUCCGUGCUUUGUCCUGGGGGAUUGACCAGCAUGUCUUCCCUGGAGACUAUGACCUGGUGCUCGGGGCUGAUAUUGUAUACCUGGAGCCUACUUUCCCACUGCUGCUGGGGACCCUUCAACACCUAUGUGGGCCCCAUGGCACCAUCUAUCUGGCCUCCAAGAUGAGAGAAGAACAUGGGACAGAGAGCUUCUUCCAGGAACUCCUUCCUCAGCAUUUCCAACUGGAGCUGGCCCAGCGCGAUGAGGACGUGAAUGUCAACAUCUACAGGGCCAAGCAUAGACGACUAAAACCUACUUGA